AUGAUAAGUGGCGCUCUUGCCCUCGCGGGCUCGGCCUCGACCCUGCCUCUCUUUUCGACCUGUGCUCGCCUCCUGCGCAAGGCCGCGCCCAUUUUGAGGUCUUUAUCUCUUGACCUUUUGCAUUUCGCGACGCGACUUCAAGUGCAGAGGUUCGUCAAAGCAGCGCAACCUGAACGCAUUUACAACAGUUCUAAAGAGAAGAAAGUGAAUUCUCUCUACCAAGCCACACCAUCGCUCUCGAAUAGCCGCCAGACAACAGAUGACUCGCGUAAUUGGCUUGUCAUUCUUCUCCUGCUGACCUUGGCGGUGGCGUCGACGUGGACCCCAGCGGCCCUCGGAGACAAGUUGCCUGGCGGAGGCCAUGGCGGCGGAGGGCCGGGAGGAAACGGCAGACGCGGACCGACUUCGGGGACGGCCUCACAGAGUUACGGACUUCCUCACCAGGGUUCCUCGUCAGGGCGCAGCGGGCACGGGGGCGCCGGCGGUCCUGGCGCGGGGCUGUCCUCGUCCUAUUCUCAGCCGUCAAAUUCCCUCGGAAAUGGAGGAGGUUCUAGCUACGAUUUGCCCGACGAGAUAACAGCCCCGGGCCAGUCCUACGGCGCUCCCUCGCAGCAGACACAGACGUACGGACAGCCCAGCAGGGGUCAGACCCAGACUGUAAGUCAGACAUAUAGCACACCACAAAAGACACCGACUCUUUCACAGACAUACGACGCACCCCAGUCCUCCAGGAACAGCCAGAGUCCUUCUCAGACUUAUGGGGCUCCUCAGCAACAGCCUUCACAAACCUAUGGCCCACCUAGCAGGCAGGAGCAGCCUUCUCAGAGUUAUGGCACUCCACAGCAAAAACAGCCGUCACAGAGCUAUGGAACUCCUCAACAACAGCAACCGUCACAGAGCUAUGGAACUCCUCAACAACAGCAACCGUCACAGAGCUAUGGAACUCCUCAGCAACAGCAGCCGUCACAGAGCUAUGGAACUCCUCAACAACAGCAACCGUCACAGAGCUAUGGAACUCCUCAACAACAGCAACCGUCACAGAGCUAUGGAACUCCUCAGCAACAGCAACCGUCACAGAGCUAUGGAACUCCUCAACAACAGAAGCCGUCACAGAGCUAUGGAACUCCUCAGCAACAGCAGCCGUCACAGAGCUAUGGAACUCCUCAACAACAGCAACCGUCACAGAGCUAUGGAACUCCUCAGCAACAGCAACCGUCACAGAGCUAUGGAACUCCUCAACAACAGCAACCGUCACAGAGCUAUGGAACUCCUCAGCAACAGAAGCCAUCACAGAGCUAUGGAACUCCUCAGCAACAGCAACCGUCACAGAGCUAUGGAACUCCUCAGCAACAGCAACCGUCACAGAGCUAUGGAACUCCUCAACAACAGCAACCGUCACAGAGCUAUGGAACUCCUCAGCAACAGAAGCCGUCACAGAGCUAUGGAACUCCUCAGCAACAGAAGCCGUCACAGAGCUAUGGAACUCCUCAACAACAGAAGCCGUCACAGAGCUAUGGGACUCCUCAGCAACAACAGCCGUCACAGAGCUAUGGGACUCCUCAGCAACAACAGCCGUCACAGAGCUAUGGGACUCCUCAGCAACAACAGCCGUCACAGAGCUAUGGAACUCCUCAGCAACAGAAGCCGUCACAGAGCUAUGGAACUCCUCAACAACAGAAGCCGUCACAGAGCUAUGGGACUCCUCAACAACAGCAGCCGUCACAGAGCUAUGGGACUCCUCAGCAACAACAGCCGUCACAGAGCUAUGGGACUCCUCAGCAACAACAGCCAUCACAGAGCUAUGGAGCCCCAGAGCAGCCCUCUCAGAAUUACAGAACACCACAGCAGCAGCAACCUUCUCAAAGUUAUGGAGCACCUGAACAGCCGUCCCAGAAUUAUGGUGCUCCCCAGCAAUCACAAAAUGAUUUUGGCCAAAGACAAAAUGCGAACAGGUUAGGUGGCAGGCAGAAUAAUAACGGAGGAAGCAGGUAUGGAGGGCGCCAAAACAACGGUGGCGGAAAUGGUUUUGGAGGUAAGCAGAAUAGAGGCAGCAACACUGGUUAUGGAGGCCAGCAGAAUGGAGGCAGCGGUGGAUAUGGGGGCCAGCAGAAUGGAGGCAGCGGUGGAUAUGGGGGCCAGCAGAAUGGAGGCAGCGGUGGAUAUGGGGGCCAGCAGAAUGGAGGCAGCAGUGGAUAUGGGGGCCAGCAGAAUGGAGGUAACACUGGAUAUGGAGAUCAACCAAAUACCGGCGGCGGAAAUGGAUAUGGAGAACAGCAGCAUAUGAAGGGGAUGCCAUACGGUUUUGACUACGCCGUCAACGACCAGUACAGCGGCACUGAUUUCUCACAGUCAGAGUCAUCUGACGGAAACGUAGUAACCGGGGAGUACCGGGUUCUCUUGCCCGACGGGAGGACACAGAUCGUCACUUAUACCGCCGACCAUGAGAACGGUUUUGUUGCAGAUGUUAGGUAUGAGGGCGAAGCUCAGUACCCUCAAGGAAAUAAUGGCGGUGGCUACGGAGGGCAGCAGGACAGUGGCUACGGAGGGCAGCAGGACAGUGGCUACGGAGGGCAGCAGGACAGUGGCUACGGAGGGCAGCAGGACAGUGGCUAUGGAGGGCAGCAGGGCAAUAAUAAUGGGUACGGGGGGCAACAAAAUGGUGGCAGCAGUUACGGAGGACAACAGGGUAACAAUAAUGCAUAUGGUGGGCAACAGAACGACAACAGUGGAUAUGGAAGACAACAGAAUAAUAACAACGGGUAUGGAGGGCAGGAAAAUACAGGUGGCAGCAGCGGUUAUGGAGGACAACAGAAUACUGGUGGUAGCAUCUUUGGGGGCAGCACGGGUCAGGGCUCAGGGUAUGGCAGGAAGUAGCAAUGAUUCCGUUAUAAAACCGUUAAAUUGAAGUAUGUCAGUUAUACAAAAAAGUUAUCAGACUUGAAAAAUCAGGAAAAAUUCAGGUGCUCUGUAUUUAACGUCGGUUUAUUUAUGGGCUAUUGCUAUGAAUUAUUUACUACAUUUUCCAAGCCAAAAUUCGCCAUGUGUCUCAUCUAGUGUGAAACGAAUGAUGAAGGUCUGUUUCUGUGUGAUGUAAAGCCAAUAGAUAUAGUGCCAAUUAGUUAGUAGAUAUGUAUAGAAAAAAAAAAACAAAAAAACUUACCAUAGCUUUAAGGCAUGCAUAGUUAACACCAACUGUUGCCUUAAAAUCCUUGUGAAUAUCAUUUGAUGUUCAUAAGCAGCGGUGGAAUAGGUUUUGUCUCUGAGGUAAAUAAUUUAGAUUAAGAAGAUAGAAAAGUUUUUAUUUUUGUGAAGAUUCAUAUGCCUGUAGUAAUAUAUUUAUAGUAACAGAAGUAUAUUAAUAUAAAAAUCUACAUUAUUUUUGUAAAACAAAAGCAA